UUCAUUCAUUCUUUUAAGUGCAGGAUAAAAGUAUCUCCAUGAAUAAUCACUCCUGCUGGGAAUUCAACUGCAACACCACACAGCAACCAGUCAAAUACCUGAGGAUCUGGAGACGGAAUCUAAUUACCAAAAUCUGGCCAAAGAAUAAAAACAUGAAAAUGUCAGCGGCCGAGAUUUCGCACGUUUUGAAGGAGGGUGAGCUGGAAAAGAGGAGCGACAACUUUCUCCAGUUCUGGAGAAGGAAGAUGUGCGUCCUUACCACAGACAGCCUGAACAUCUACGCCGACAACCAGAAGAAGUCAAAGAGCAAGGAGCUCAAACUGCAGUCGAUCAAGAAGGUGGACUGCGUGGAGCGGACGGGGAAAUUUGUUUACUUCACCAUUGUCACAACGGAUAAUAAAGAGAUAGACUUCCGAUGCGCCGGCCCGGACAGCUGCUGGAAUGCGGUCAUCACCAUGGCCCUGAUUGACUUCCAGAACAGAAGAGCCAUUGAGAACUUCAAAACGCGGCAGGACGACGAGAUCGCCUCGCCGGAGCAAAAGGAGAAGCGGCUGGCAAGAGGUCCCUGAUCGUGCACAUACCCCUGCAAUAAAACAGUUAGCGUCAAGUACGGACGGCGGAGACUUGGACCAAAUGGAGACGUUGUUUAAAAGGUCUGAAGAUGAAGGAUUUUCUCUGACUGGAGAGUCCAUGCUGAGCUUCGGACAGCGGAUCCCGAAGGGGAACCGGCGCAGAGACCGCAGCUUCUAAGCCAAAAGUUAAAGGCUUUCCUCCAAUUUCAAGAAUGUGCGACCCGUGGAAAGACUCCCGCAAAGGCAAUAGACCUGCAACGCGACAUGUUAAUUUAUUUUGUUCUCUUCUGUACACAAAGUGUUGUCUAAAUUAUUUUAUACUUCAACAUGUAUUUAUUUUAAUAAAUAUUAUUUUAUAAACUUUU